AAAAAAAAAGUCAAUGUCUUCUGUGCAUCAAAGAUCAAAAUCAUCUGUGAAAGUCAUCAAACAAACCGAAACAAACGAAUCUUUCUUUUAGAAAAAGUGAUUUUUUACUUUCACAGUGCUCAAAUGGAAUUUCAACAAAAGAAACGAAAACGUAAUCCCAACUGGGAAGAAGUUGAAAAGCUUUAACGAAUUAAACACCAAAGACCGCUGUUUGGUGGAACUAAAACAGCAAUGGCGGGCGAUGAAAGUUGAAGCAAAAAAAAAAAAAACAUUUACAAGAAAGCUUUGAAGGCAACUGGUGGGGGUUGUAAACCUCCAAGUCCUCACCCAGACACCAUAAAAAUCAUGGAAAUGGUGCCGCUGGAGUUUGAAGAGGGUACAAAUGAGUAUGAUUGCGAUACCAUAACUCAACUAGAAAAUCAUCCAGAUCCCAACUUAGAAGAUAUUGUGGAAGAAAUUAAUGAGAUUCCAAUGGAGGAUACACGAUCUCCUUUAAAAUCUACAAACUCAAACAUACCUCCAACACCAAGAAUAAAAAAAUUGAAGGCAAAAGAGAAAUCAAGACUUAAUAGAGAUAUAGCAUUAGUACAAAUGUUACAAGAAGAGCAUAAUCUUAAAGUCAAAAACAUGAGGGAAGCUCAUGAAUGGGCAGAAGAGGAGCAUAAACUCAAAGUGAAAAAACUUAAAUUAGAAAAUAUGCUUCUUGAAGUCCAACUUAACUCUACCAUUUAGUGCAUGCUAGUAAUUUUUUAAAAGAUUGUUACAAUUUAAUUAUUGAAGUAAAAGUAAGAAUAAAAAAAGAGGA